AUGAAGACGACAACUGCCAUUCGCGUCGCAUCGCUGUGUGUUUUAAUCUUCUGGGCGACUACUUGUCAGACACAUCGGUUAGAUGGAGACAAAGUUGUCGCCUUGCAGGAAACAUUGAAACAGCUUCUCAGACUGCCGGAAUACGAGUUGGACGAUAAGGCUAAUUUUGCCGACAGACCGCCUCGACACAUGGUGCACUUGUUGGAGCAUUUAUCGCGAGCGAGAGAAUGGAGCGACGAUGCAAAAAAGUGGAACACGAUUCGUACAGUUCGGGCUAAGCUGGGUCCCGGAUGUGGAUUAAACAAUGUAUACAACGUGCACCUGCCGUCACUUCCGGUAGAAGAAACAUUACUUUCCGUGCAGUUUCAUUUUUACAAGGUGAAGACUGAUCUGCGCAAAGAAGAGUUCGACGAAAAACUGAAAUUAGACAUUUUACAGAAGAGUGCGGGAAAAGAUUCGCAGUGUCGGGUGACGAAAUCUUUGAACGUUCCGCUACCAAGUUACGGGUGGCAAAUCGCUGAUAUAACCAACGCGAUUGAAUUUAACACGGGAGAUAUUAAACUUGGUGCGCAAUUUCGAGUCGAGAACAACUUGCAAUCCAAGAUGACCAACCAUACCAGCUCGUUAUAUCGUUAUGGUAACAGAUUCCUGCGACACGCUAACCCGUUUGUUUUGGUGUUCGCAAAAGAUCUAACCUUGAAAGAGACCGAACGCCCGAUUCCAGCCGAGAGUGAUCCCGACAGCUCGGGAUAUUAUACUAAUGCCUCGCCUGAUGUAUUCAACGACGGAAAUCUUACGGUGGCUCACCGUAACAAACGCAGUAUUCAUACUUACGCGUUGAUGACCAAUGAAUACCCGGAAGUAGUGGACGAGGAGACGAUGUAUAACAACAUGCCCGACACCUUCCCGAAGUUCACCGAAAGGAACCGGAAGAAACAAUCAAAAAAACGAACGAGACGCGUGAAAUCGAAACGUAAGCACACCAAGACUCUACUGGAGAAGCAGCGACAGAAAAAUCGAAAGAAAGAAGAGGACGAACAAGACCAGUACACGUGGAAGUUAUGUGGCCGUCACGUGAUGCGCGUAGAUUUCCAGUUGAUUGGUUGGAAUGCCUACGUCAUAUCCCCGAAAUCAUUUGAUGCGUUUUACUGUUCCGGAGAAUGUCCAUUCCCAAUGACUAAGGAAUUGAACCCGUCUAACCACGCUGCUGUUCAAAGUAUCGUCCACGCGCUAGACGCAGUGAAGGGGGUGCCACCGCCGUGUUGUGUUCCCGAUAAACUCUCCCCGCUAAGUAUUCUGUACUUCGAUGAAAGCAGGAAUGUCGUCUUGAAAGUCUACCCCAAUAUGGUCGUGGAUACGUGCGCGUGUCGGUAGGGCGGCAUGGGUCUUUAUGUCUCAUGGCUGUGCUGUAUUAUCAUCGAUGAGGACGCCGUUUUCCCGGACCAUAUCAACAGUUGUUGCGGCUCUGAAGUAAGAAAAGAACUGUUUUACAAGAGCGUUACUGAAAUGGUUAGUCACGCGGCAUCCUCGACGAACAGGGAAGAUGAUUAAUAAUACAAUCCUAGGAAUAUGUGCGUUUUCCUGAAAGUCGUUUGUUUGAAUAAGGCCCUCUGUAAAUUUCGACUGUAAAAACAAAAGAAAAUACGUCAUAACCAAUGAGGGAAGUAUAAUCAAUCUCGGCUUGAAAUAUAUUGUUUACUAGUACCAGCGAUGUCCGUUUAUAAAAUAAUGGUAGUUACAAACUUGUAUAUAAUUAAAUAAAUCCUCGUCAUUGUGCGGCAACGUGGCUCUUUAUAUAUGUAUAGAGUGCAUUUAAUGGUUAACUUUAUUCUUCAAAUAAAUGUAUUCAUGUUUUACCAACAUUUUCGUAUUUUGAAAAA